UCCCCUCUGGUCACUGGUCAAUCGACAACGUGACAGCCCGUUUGCUGCUGGGAGAAAACUGCGGCUCUGCAGACGAGUGGCAUCGCAACACACUAACGACUAAACAAACCGGUUGGACCAAGGGCAGCCGCAAUGAAGUUUGUAAGAUUCAUAAUGAAAAAUGCAGCCUUGGCCAGCGUGCCAAAACAUAUCGAGCAUUUUUCCAAAUUUUCGCCUUCACCGCUCUCCAUGAAACAGUUUCUCGAUUUUGGUUCCAUCAAUGCAUGCGAGAAGACAUCCUUUGUAUUUUUGAGACAGGAGCUCCCUGUGAGACUGUCAAACAUUAUGAAGGAAAUUAACCUCUUGCCUGACAAACUGCUGACAACCCCAUCUGUGCAAAUCGUACAGAGCUGGUACAUCCAGAGUUUAAUGGAGAUCCUCGAGUUCCUAGACAAGAAUCCUGAUGACCACAAAGUCUUGGGAGAGUUUGUUGAUGCCUUAGUGACCAUCCGGAACAGGCAUAAUGAUGUGGUGCCAACCAUGGCCCAGGGUAUCAUAGAGUACAAAGAAGUUUUUCCCCAGGACCCAGUAACCAACCAGAACAUCCAGUACUUUCUGGACCGCUUCUACAUGAGCCGCAUAUCUAUACGUAUGCUCAUCAACCAGCACACCCUUAUUUUUGAUGGAGCAACCAAUCCAGUUCAUCCCAACACCAUUGGCAGCAUUGACCCGCAGUGCCAAGUCACAGAGGUGGUGCAAGAUGCAUUCCAUAGUGCCAAGAUGCUGUGCGACCAGUACUAUCUCAGCUCUCCUGAUGUGAUCCUGCAAGAGAUGAACAGCAAUAAAAAGAGCCAGCCCAUAAGUAUUGUGUAUGUGCCCUCUCAUCUUUAUCACAUGCUGUUUGAGCUCUUCAAGAAUGCAAUGAGGGCCACUAUUGAAUGUCAUGAAAACAGCAACAACCUCCCUCCCAUUCAAGUCAUGGUAUCUCUUGGAGGCGAGGACAUGUCAAUUAAGGUGAGUGACAAAGGUGGCGGUGUCCCUUUCCGUAGGAUUGAGAACCUCUUCAGCUACAUGUACUCCACUGCUCCUGCUCCACAGAUAGGAGAUCACACCCGCACUCCACUGGCUGGCUUUGGCUACGGUCUGCCCAUCUCUCGUCUCUACGCCAAGUACUUCCAGGGAGACCUGCAGCUCUACUCCAUGGAGGGCUACGGCACUGACGCUGUCAUCUACUUGAAGGCGCUGUCUACAGACUCCAUAGAGCGGCUGCCGGUGUACAACAAGACAGCUCUAAAGAACUACAAAAUGAGCCAGGAGGCUGACGACUGGUGUGUACCCAGUAAAGAGCCUCUCGACCUUGCCAACUUUAAGAUGGGCAAAUGAAGAUGCCCUCCUGGCCUGGUGCUUCAAGCCUACAACCCGGGGAGCCUUCACGCCUGUCUUCAUAUUCCUACGCCCUCAUCUGCCAAAACAGAUGGGUGCCUCAUCUCUUGCUGCUGUGAGGCUCAUCUCCAGACUAGCAGGGACAAGGUGUUUUAGAUUUCAUUCUGGUUUUAGCAGUAGCAUCUUCAUGUUGUUUUCAGUGCCUCUGCUCAAUGCCUGUUACGGUACUUCAUGAGAAAAUAGACUAAAUUGAAAGUGGGUACUAACAGAAUACCUGCAACUAUUACUGAGGACUUGUCACGUUGUUUGACCUCACGUAUGAGAGGCAGUUCCAGUGUUGUAGAUACACACCCAGUACCAGCAGAAAGGGAGUGGACAUGCAGCCCACAGUUAAGUCUGUCCUGUGAGAUGGCAGAGUAGGUGGGGAGACACAAGUAGGCAUUUAACAGAGAUGGGUGUAGUGGUGUGACUGAAUAAGCCGGAAUAUGAGUGGACCGAUGCAGAAUAGAAGAUGGUUAAGUUAAGUUAUUUUAAGGGAAUCUGUUGUUAUGACAAUGGCUCCUGUCUUCUUUAAGAUCUAGUUACUGUCAGAAAAUGUCACCCCAGCCUUAAAGUAGCAAUUACAAUUAAAUGACCAAAAAGUCAUUUAGUUGAAUUACUUGAAACUAUUUAAAAAAUAUUAUUAUUGAUGGUGCAAACCUUGUUAUUAAGGCCAUGGACAUUUCAGCCUUUAAUAUUUAAUCACAUUAUUCACACCAACUGAUAAGAUACAGUGUUCUCUUACGUCAUUUCCAUGGACCAGGUUCAGCUUAAUCCGCUUCUGUGCGUAUUAAUUAUUGAGAUAGUAUUCCCAGGUUCUCUCUGAUACUGUGUUGCAUAGGCAGCUUGUGCCAGAAUAUUUCUCUGCCUCAUUUAGAAGUUGUAAUUCUUGUAGCAAAGUUCAGUUUAAGGUAGAGUUACUACCACAGACCCCAGAGGGCAAUGCAUGUCUUAUUUAAGUUCUUUAUCAGUCUGUGAUCCCUUAAGGCAAGGCCAGUGUCAGACUGUGCCAUAUGAAGAAAAAAAAGCCUUGGGUCCAUAUGUGUUGGAGAUGAACUUUUGUUUUGUAUUAUAUGUAUCUUUAAUUAUAUUUGAAAGGUUAUUUUUGUAGCUAAACGAUGUGCCACUGAAAUGACUGUAAAUACUGUAAAUAAAACCCCAUCAAUGAAACACUCAAAUGGUUUCAGUGCAAAA